UGCACUUAUAACAACAUUAUUCACUUGGCGUUUAACUUUCGGUUUGUAUAGACGCGAUGGAGCGUCGACGAUCAUCGGUCAAGUCCAUUAAAGGCGAUUUUAAGCGCGGAAACUGGGCUAGUAAAACAGAAUUUUUGUUGUCAUGUAUGGGAUACGCCAUUGGUAUUGGUAACGUAUGGAGAUUUCCAUACCUGUGCUAUCGAAACGGCGGAGGAGCGUUUCUGGUUCCCUACCUCAUUAUGCUGUUUUUAUGUGGAAUACCUCUAUUUUUUAUGGAAACUUCGCUUGGACAAUUCUCUGGCACGGGGUGCAUCACUUUAUUUAAAAUUGCACCUUUGUUUAAAGGCGCUGGAUUCGCAAUCGUAAUUGUGAACUUUAUGUGCACGGUUUAUUACAUUGUGAUCAUUGCUUACCCCAUACUGUUUAUGGCCAACUGCUUUCAAGGAAAACUGCCUUGGGCCGACUGCAAUAAUGACUGGAACACCGAGCACUGCUUACAGAUCAGUACUGGUGACCUCACCGCCAAUGUUACUUCAGAGCUGUUUAAUAUCACCCAAAACUCACAGUGGAAGACACCCUCCGACGAAUACUUUCACAACAAAAUUCUUCAGAUAUCGUCCGGUAUUGACGAAGUUGGAUCAAUAGUUUGGCCCUUGUUCCUUUGCGAUUUUAUCGCUUGGACCGUGGUGUACUUGUGCAUUAUGAACGGCGUGCAUUCGGUAGGAAAGGUGGUUUACUUUACAGCCACCUUCCCUUUUGUAAUAUUAUUUGUGCUACUAAUAAGGGGAGUGACUCUCCCGGGCGCGUGGGACGGAAUCUCGUUUUACAUAUAUCCUCAGUGGAGCAGAUUGGGAAACCUGAAGGUUUGGACUGACGCUGCUGUCCAAAUAUUCUUCUCUUUAGGGCCCGGUUGGGGAGGAAUUAUUAACAUGGCCAGUUAUAAUGAGUUUAGAAAUAAUAGUAAAGGAGACGCGAUCCUUGUGCCAAUAUUAAAUUCAGCGACGAGCAUAUUUGCAGGAUUCGUCGUGUUUUCAAUAUUAGGAUUUAUGGCACACAAGACUGGCUUGCCGGUAUCUACGGUUGCCACCGGCGGUCCUGGACUUGCCUUUGUGACGUAUCCGGAAGCGAUCACCAUGUUGCCUUGGUCGAACUUCUGGGCCGUGAUGUUCUUCUUCAUGUUGUUUCUCUUAGGCUUAGAUACUUGUUUCGUCCAAAUUGAAGCGAUCAUCAGCAGCGUGAUUGAUGAGUACCCAUUCUUGCACAACCACAAAAAGGUUGUCACUUUGGGUGCGUGCGUCGCAAUGUUCCUGUGCUCCACCAUAUUUAUUACUAACGGCGGCAUGUAUUUGCUACAACUGUUUGACUGGUACGCGGCAUCAAUAUCAGUAAUACUUAUUUGCCUAGUUGAAGUUCUUAUUGUGGCCUACACCUACGGGAGUGUUAAUUUUAUAAGGGAUAUUGAAUUUAUGUUACAGAAGAAAGUUAAUUGGUGGUGGAAGUGGUGUUGGAAAUUUAUAACCCCCGCUAUACUAACAUUUAUUUUUAUCGCGACAAUAGCAUUUAAUACGACAGUAACCUACAACGGAUUUAUCUACCCCGAUUGGGCGGUCGCCAUUGGAUGGUGCACUUGUGGCGUUUCCAUCAUUUGCAUUCCCAUCUAUAUGGGUUAUCACCUUCUGUACAAUGAAACCGGAGAUUGUAUCGAUCGUAUCCAGUCGUCGAUCAAGCCGAGUCCAGAAUGGGGACCGGCCUCAGAUAUUUAUCGCAAGGAAUGGAAUAACAUUAUUGUAUACGACAAAGCAGAAGAGUUACGGAGAACCCUUCCUGAGAAUGGGGAUCAUUUACAUGAAGAAUUCGUUAAAUUGUGUAAUAACUCGAACACUUUAGGAUAAGUCUACGUUUGUAAUCAAUAUAACGAUAAGUUCAA